AUGGAGCAAGUGAAGCACGCAAUAGCUACAUUGUACUCAAAUCAAUCUGCUCCUGACGAUCAAAAAGCAGCCGAUCUUUAUCUCCAAGACUUUAUGAAAAAGAAGGAUGCAUGGGGAGUUAUUCCCGUCUUACUUGCAUGUCCAUCAACAGAUCCCCUCUUUUUUCAACACAUCUAUUAUGGUGCAAUAAUGUUAAAGAAGAAGAUGUGUUACAACUUCAAAGAAGUCUCUGAUAUCAAGGAGAUGUUUACUUUCAUCACUCAAAUGUUAGUCACAUAUAAAUCAAUUCAAAUGGUCACCGUUCAUUUAUCACAAGCCCUCACAGCGCUCUGUGUCCAAAGUGAUCAGUGGAGCAAUUUCCUUCCACUGAUCAUCGAGCGGUUCCCAGUUACCAUUCCCGAGAACGUUCCUAUUCUUUUAAUGAUCUUUUCAUCUGUCGCAGAGGGAUUAGACCGCCUUAGUUUCACUAAUAAAGACAUUCUCUAUUCUCUUCGACAAAGCUUAGCGUCGACCUCUUCCCAAAUCAUUCAAUUCAUUUGUGACAGUUUCAAGUAUGAUGCCAAGAAGAGUUACGAAUGCUUAUCUUCGUGGAUGAAGUAUGUCAAAAUACCAUUUCCCGUGUUAUUGCAACACAAUGUCAUUCAAAUCAUCUUUUUAGGGUUAAAGGACAAAACACUCUUUCAAUAUGUGACCGACGCUUUUGUGUAUUACUGCCGCAUUUUAAAGAAGAUACCAGUCGAGUGUCCACUCGAAGAUGUGGAAACACGAGAGAAAGUGGCUGUAGGUAUCCUUAGUGAGUUGUGUACCUCAAUUCCUAUGUUAAUAACACAAUAUGGUCAAAGUGCUUUAGAAGAGCUUUCGGAGUUCUUUUUGGUGUAUCUUCCAGUGUUAACAGAGUACUUAGAAGUGAUGCCAUUUGAUGGCGUCACGAAGUACUUUGUCAUCAUCUCGCAAUUGACAUCAAUCAAAUCGGAGGAUAUCAUGGCGUAUAUCUUUGAGAGUACAGACUACUUCUUUACACAUUUAGCACAAGUAGAUGACAAGAUGAAGGAUCAAGUCACUGCAGUGAUCAAAAUACCAUUCUUACAGAUCUUUAAGAACGUUAUAACAAUUCAAGCCAUUAUACCAGACGGAUUGGAUGUCGAAGAACAAGAGGACUUUGCUUAUUAUCGUCUUAAAACACUUACAGAGUUCUUGAGAGAGAUCUCUAGUGUGAUAGACAUGAAGGACAUCUUACUUACCAUUGAGAUGUGUUUGGCUGGGAGUAAUAGUGACUGGCAUAAAGUUGAAGGAGCCAUCUUUGGGCUUCGAGCGAUGGUCAGACUGAUAGAGGUGAGCGAGAAGGAGUCAGAAAUCGAUCAAAUAGUUAAUCGUCUUAUUGGUGUAGUUAUCAAUAUCCACAGCGAUAAACUUGAAUUGAUGCAUACAACGAUAUUCACUGCAGGAAGGUUCUGCGAGUGGAUCCACUUGAAGUGUCCGGGGUAUGCUCUUAAGGCCAUGGAUUAUAUCAUGAAGUAUGCUGGAGUACCAGAAUUGGCGGAGGGGGUGUUUGUGUCCUUUGACAAUUUGUGUGACACAUGUGCGGAUGUCUACCAACAGUGUUUUGAACAACUCACACAAGUGUUUAUUACCGUGUAUAAAGACGUGGUACCAAAUUGGAAUGUGAAUGGAGAUACAUACAAACCACUCAUCAGCGGGUAUGCAUCACUCUUGAAUAAAAGGAGUCGAGCGGAUCAAGACAAGAUGCUCUAUUAUUGUAUCAACCCAAUUGUUGAGGAACUCAAGAAGUUUACAUCAGAAGUACUUGUAUGUACUUGUUUGAGUAUUAUUAUGACUUGGCUGAGAUACACAAAUAAAUUGGAUAUGGGAAGUGGAAUUAUUGAACUUAGUAACAGAAUGAAUAUGAUAGGAGUCAUCGAGAGUAUUGUGAAUAAAGGGAUUGACAUGAAGAAUGAGAAAAUAGUUGAGAGUGGAGUGAGUGUAGUUGAGUAUUUCUUAUAUGCAGUUGGGAGUGGUAUUUACACUGUUGCGAAUGGGAUGGUUGAGAUGUCUAAUAGAUGGUGGGAGAGAACACAUCAUAGUUCUGUUGUUCAAUUGUACAUUGCGAUUAUUAAGAGUCUCUUUGUGGACUCUGAACGUGGGAAAACUAUGCAACAGACUGGAGAAAUAAGAGAAUAUAUAUUUAAAGUAUCUGUACCUAUGCUCGAUAUGAUAUUCCAGUAUCUGAUUGCACAAGACGAACCAGUGUUUGAUACAAUAAUUAACGCAUUUGCACUUAUCAUAUACCUUUACUCCGCACUUCCAAUGGACUUUGAAAAGACAGUGUUGCACAAACGGGUAGUCCCGUGGGCUUUACACUUCUUAAAAUGUCCACAGAAAGAUGUUUAUGUGAGUGUGAUAGACACUUUAAUGAUGUACUUUGUGACUUGUAAAACUCCAUCAUCGUCGAUUUGUUUAUUGCAAUGUGGAGAAGACCUCUUGUUUUCUAUAUUCAGACUUGUUAAUGCUUUUCCAACUCGUGAGAGAGUCAACGUCACUAUCGAUUUCUUGUGGUCUUUGUACACCACUGAGCCGGAAACAGUCACUCAGAAAACACUGAAUGUCAUUCAAAAGAAUUACUCGUUUUUGCCAAAUGGAAUACUCAUUGAGCUUUCAAAGACUAAUUUGAACAAGGAGAACUAUAAGAAUAACGUUGAAGACUUCUUCUAUGUAUGCAAAGAGUCGUGUUAA